CCUCGCCCAUUUUCGUUCGCCUUCAAGCUUUCCAUCGACUUUUUGCGCCCACGCUUCUUCCAACUCGGACACGACGUCAACACCCUCGUCAGCAAAACGCAGCGCACGCACGAAACAUCACAAAUCCAUUGAGCCACCGAAAAAUCGUGUGCGCCCGCCUCUUUUUAUUGUCCAUCGGAAAGUCUCAGGGACUUUGAACGGACUUGUCGCGCCACAAGAUGGCGCCAGGCGUACAGAUCAGCGAGGUGAAGGGAAACAGCAGGGAAAAUCGGACGGCGACACAUUCACACAUCAAGGGCCUGGGUCUACGGCCAGAUGGAACGGCAGACAAAAACGCAGGGGGGUUUGUGGGCCAGACGGCCGCGCGAGAGGCAUGUGGCAUCGUCGUCGAUUUGAUUCGGGCCAAGAAGAUGUCUGGACGGGCUGUGCUGUUAGCUGGCGGACCAGGCACAGGCAAAACGGCCCUCGCGCUAGCCGUGUCGCAAGAGUUGGGCACAAAAGUGCCAUUCUGUCCAAUUGUGGGCAGCGAAAUAUAUUCGGCGGAAGUGAAGAAGACGGAGGCGCUCAUGGAGAACUUUAGACGGGCAAUCGGACUUCGGGUCAAGGAGACGAAGGAAGUUUACGAGGGCGAAGUCACCGAGCUCACGCCGGAGGAAACAGAAAACCCUCUUGGCAGCUACGGACGCACGAUCUCACAUUUGCUGCUGACGCUGAAGUCAGCACGCGGUACCAAAAAGCUACGCCUAGACCCAUCCAUUUACGAGGCCAUUCAGAAAGAGCGUGUCCGCCUUGGCGACGUCAUCUAUAUUGAAGCCAACACGGGUGCGGUUAAGCGCGUGGGUCGUUCGGACGCGUAUGCGACCGAGUUCGACCUGGAGGCUGAAGAAUACGUUCCGGUACCCAAGGGCGACGUGCACAAGAAAAAGGAGGUUGUGCAGGACGUGACACUACAUGACCUGGACGUGGCGAAUGCACGGCCGCAGGGUGGACAGGACGUCAUGAGCAUGAUGGGCCAGCUGAUGAAGCCGAAGAAAACAGAAAUUACGGAGAAGCUUCGGGCUGAGAUUAACAAGGUUGUGAACAAGUAUAUUGAUCAGGGUGUCGCCGAGCUGGUUCCUGGUGUGCUUUUUAUCGACGAGGUCCACAUGCUUGACCUUGAAUCCUUUAGCUUCCUGACCCGCGCGCUCGAGUCACACAUCUCGCCCAUAGUAAUACUCGCUUCUAAUCGUGGGUUAACGCCCAUCCGCGGCGCCGAUGAUGACUCCAUCCCGCCUUCGGCCCAUGGCAUUCCUCAAGAUCUUCUUGCACGCCUUCUCAUCAUUCCCACGCAUCCGUACCUCCCGGACGAGAUCAAGCUCAUCGUCAAGAAGCGUGCCGACACAGAGAAAUUGGCCAUUACCGAGGAUGCCCUGCAGAAGGUCAGUGAGGCAGGAGUAAGGGUCAGUCUGAGGUACGCGCUGCAGCUGUUGGCACCUGCUCAAGUACUUGCACGGGUGGGCGGCCGUGGAGAGGUUGGCGUGAACGAUGUCGAGGAAUGCGAAUCGCUGUUCUUGGAUGUUGGACGGAGUACCAGGGGCCUUGGUGAAGGCAUCAUAGGCAAUGGCGCAGCGUGAGACGUGGGGUGACAUACCUUAGUGAGUUCUGGAGACGUUGUAAGACGAACGAAAAAAAGAAGCAAGGGAGGGGAAGGGAAGCGAAAUUUCGGCGUCAUUUGCUUCCGAUGCUCUUGAGCGCUCCUCUUUCCGCAAUCGCAGGCUACCGAGCAAAUCCCCCCUUUUUUUUCCACUUCGUCCCUGCGGUCUCUAUAUGACGUGAAAACGGAUUUUCGGAUCGUGGUCAUGUCGCGAAGUAGGAUUACAUAAACGCCAAAAAAAUGAGCGAGUCGCAAUCGAACCUGAACAUCCUGCGAUGCCCAUGUCGCUCUGGAG